GCAUGAAGUGCUGGAACCCGAUUGUUUUCAUUCAGUUUUUCAUUCUUAUUAUUUUUCUUUGCUGAAAGGGAAUGGGCAACAAAAACGGAAGAGCUACUAGACUUGGCAGUAAUGAGGAGGUGGCUAACUGCGCCCCAUGCGAAUGCCACAGCACACAGCUCCAAUGCCUUUGUCCAGGCGGAGAGGAGCUCGACCCAUGGGAGCAAAUGGAGGAGGAUGGAACAGACCAGCACAACCAGUCAGGGGAAGGUGAGGGCCUGCCACCAUGUUCUGAGCUCCAUCAGGAGCUGUCACCAGAAGGUCUGGGUGAUCACACCGGCAGCGACCAGACAGAGGGCUUCUCAAACUGCCAGGAAGAGCCCCAACCGCUGCAGGACGGCCCUGGCGACACCGCGUCACGGCAGGGCACUGUAAACCACGGCCACUUUCACAACAACCAAGCCCCACGCCGUGCGCACAGGCAGAUCCCAGAGCCAUGCUGGUACUGCAUGAAGUCCCUGACCACAGACACACUAAAGAAACUUCAGCUGGAUUUCGAGUCCCUGGGACUUUCCCCUCAAGGAAAUCGCUUCAGCUUCCAGCAGGACCCCAGGCCUCACUUUGGAGUGGCCCACUCCUCGCGUUCUACACCCUUCGCCCUGUGGGGGUGUGACGGGCCCCUGAGGAGGGACAGGAGGCUGGAGGACGGGGACCAGAUGGGCGCGUGUCCGCACUGUCACCUGGCUCUCCCGCUGGACACCCUGCGCUGGCACGAGGCCAAAUGCCUAGUAUUUGAAGACCUGAAAACUGCUUGCGGUAAAGUGGCUAAGUGAAUCAGCUGACACAAUACAAAUAAAUGGACAACAGACCAGACCAAAUGGGCGAAGUGGAGCUACAUAAGCAUUCAGUACACGAGUUAACAUCUUCACACAUUAAACCUCAGUGGAUUUAUAUCCAUCCAUCUCUUUAGGUCAGCUGUAAUCUGUAAUGCUGAAAGUACCAUUUAUCUUCUGUUAAAGCCAAUUCCAAAUUCUACACACUGGCAUAAGCUAAUACAGUAUUUGAAACCGUUACUAACCAAAUCCUCCUGUAGCUAACCAAAAGGGAAGACAAAGGGGAAUUGAGGGUUUGACAUCUGGUAAGACUAUAGUCAAAUCUGUCACUUUACCUUAUUUAUGCUGUGACAGAACAUACAGGGCAAGUGAACAGAGAUUAUACAAAAUUAUAUCAUCACAAAAACGAAACAGAUUGAUUCAUCCAUCAAAAAGUGCACCAUUCAGUGCAUCAUUAACUCUAGUGAGAGCACUGCAGGAAACACAGUCUCUCUUGUUCAAUAACAUAGUACUCUUUAAUAACAAUUUUAUAACCAUAGUUCUUACAGCUACUUUGAAACACUAAUAUACAGUUGUGAUUCAUAAUAGUAUUAACCAUUGUA